GCGUAAGUCUUGGCAAACUUCGUCCCCGCGGUUUGACCUUUCAGUGGAGGUUUUCGGUGAUGCGAAGUGCGAAUAUGGUGAUGACGAUGGGAGGGGAAGUAGAGCCCAGAGGCCGGUCUAGAAGUGGUCUCUUAUACACAUCUAGAUGUGUAUAAGAGACAGUGAUGGCGCUGCUGACCCCGCGGGAGCUGCUAAUGAGUAUGCGUAUCAACCAUCUGCGGGAUCAAGCGGACAUAGACGACCUCGACAGAGAGGGUGACCUGGAUUGCGCCGCAGAUAAGCGGGUGGAUGCUAUUACCUCGGCGGGCGGGGCGUGCGUAGGAGAUAACAAAGCGUCCUUAGAUGCAGCUAACGAGUGCAAAUGGUUUGGAGAUUACGACUAUGCCGUGGAGCUUGUGUCUUGUGGAGGGGAUAAUCCUUUUGAUGGGUGGGGCGGCUCUUCAUGUGGGGCAGGAUGGCCUCUGGGCCCACGGUGUACGGAGGGACUGGGGGAGACUACACAGGACCACGGAACUUCACAUUCAGCAUUGUGGGGGGUAAGGGCCAUUGACGAGAGAAAUGACGGGUGUAGGGAGUUGCGACCACAGGAGCGUGAUCCUGUGGAUGAGAUGCAGGAUUUCCUGUACGAGGAGGCUAGGCGAGCAGAGGCGAGGGGCGGAGAGGAGGGUGGAGCCACAGGGACAGCACCAGAUUUGUCGGGAGAGGAGGUAGUUUCGACUGCGCGAGGGAGUAGGGCCGCACACCAGCAUGAGGCAGACGCACGGGGGCGAGCGGGGAAGAGGACAGUCGUGAGUGGAGACGAAGGAGUGCCGCAAGCGCGCAAAAGACAGCGGCAAUCGAGAUUGGAUGAGGUGUACGAUCCAGAUGACAGCCAGAUGCGUGUCAUGGUGGGUGAAGCACGACGCAUGCUUCCUAGAGUUGCAGAAGAUCUCUGGUCGUGUGAUGCAUAUGUGGACGCCGCCUCUCCUGCUGAGAGGAAUUGGAGAGAGCAUAAGCGCAUCCAUACGGCGAAGCGCAAUAAGCUCAGGUUCAGGAAGGUCGCGCGGUUAGUUGAGAUUGUAACAAAUCUCAAACUACUUGGAUGCAACGAGCGGAGUGGGGCUUGCGCUCUUCCGUGGGGUCACCUGACGACCUUGGCGCAGGCGCAUUCGAAGGAGUACACCCACCCUCUGGACGACGACUUGGAUGUGGAGGAGGAUCGUGAGCCCGAGGAUUGGGAAGCGAGAGCUCAGUCAGCAGUGUGGACACAAGAGAUCAGUGCACAACUUCGUCGCUUCCAGCAGUAGGGUUCUCGUCGGCCAGUGGGGGUUGCAGAGGUUUUUGGUGCUAGAGUCGUGAUACUCCAUCCUUACGACUACGUGCCUCCACCGC